AUGAGUGAAGUUCAGAUUACUAUGUCCAUUAUUGAUGCCUUCAUGCUAGUGCCUCAAUACAUCAAGUUCCUAAAAGAUGAUGUGACCAAGAAGAAGAAAGAGAUGGAAGGGAUGGUAGUUCUCACCCAUGAAUGCAGUGCCAUUAUACAGCGGCUAACCAUCCCCAAGAAGCUUGAAGAUCCAGGAAGUUUCACACUACCUUGUACCAUUGGGCAAUUGGCUUUUGAGAAGUGUCUGUGUGAUUUGGGAGCAAGUGUGAGCCUUAUGCCUCUCUCCAUUGCUAAAAGGCUUGGGUUUACACAAUACAAGAAGUGUAGACUCUCUCUUAUGCUAGCUGAUCGCUCAGUUAAGAUUCUCAUUGGGAUCCUAGAAGAUCUCCCUGUUAUGGUUGGAAAUUGUGAGAUUCAUACAGAUUUUGUGGUGUUGGAGAUGGAUGAAGAACCAACAGAUCCUUUGAUAUUAGGGAGACCUUUCUUGGUUACAGCAGGAGCUGUUAUGAAUGUUAAGGAAGGGAAGAUUGAUCUUCAUCUUGGCUAA